AUGAAGUUCAUCGGAACCGCUGCCUUCGCCCUCUCCAUGGCCUCCGUUGUCAUUGGCGCCAAGCUCUCUGACUCUGCCGCCAUGAGCGACGCCAAGAGCCAGUGCACCACCGGCGAUAUCUCCUGCUGCAACUCCAAGGAGGAGACCGAGGCCGAUGGUAUUCUCGGAAACCUCCUCGCUGGUGGUCUCCUCAACGGCCUGCUCGGCAACUCCAACUCUGCCUGCGCUAAGACCAGCCUCCUCGACGACCUGAACAUCCUUUCCUCCACCAAGGACACCGACUCCGGCCCCGUCUGCAAGAACAUCAUCGCUUGCUGCCCCGAGGGAACCAAGGAGUGCAUCGCUGUCGACAACUCCGGCAAAUAG